CCUAUUGUGAUUAUGUCUUCUAACACCACUAAUGAGGUUAUACUUGUCCCGGAUGAUCUCCAUGAUGAAAGCGAAAACGUUUCCCUGACCUCUGGUGGGACAGACUACACAUCGCUUCGAUCGAGCGUCUUAGACUAUGAAUACGACAAUGGCCGCCGAUACCAGAACUACCGCAAGGGGGAAUAUCUGUUUCCUAAUGAUGAUGAUGAGCAAGAUCGGAUGGACUUCCUGCACCAUAUCUACGGCAUGGUGCUAGGCGGCGAGCUGCACAUUGCGCCAAUUUCGAAUGUUCAGCGCGCACUAGAUAUCGGUACAGGAACAGGUAUCUGGGCAAUGGACUUUGCUGAUCAACAUCCCAGCGCACAAGUCAUUGGAAACGAUCUGAGCCCUAUUCAACCUGGAUGGGUCCCCCCGAACUGCGUCUUUGAAGUCGACGAUUUUGAAGCAUCAUGGGAAUAUAGCUCCCCUUUUGACUAUAUCCAUGGCCGCGAGCUUGCUGGAGCAAUUAAGGAUAUUAAUCAUCUAGCAAGCAAAGCCUUUAACAACCUUAAACCUGGGGGAUACUUAGAGCUUCAAUCUUUCAAUUUCAAGUACUUUUCAGAUGACAAUUCCCUCGAGGAAAGGGGGCCCUAUCUAACUCAGCUGGGUGGCCUAGUUAAGGAAGCAGGCGAGAGGUUUGGCAAGACAAUGCAGGAUAUGGAUACCUGGGGUGAAGCAUUCAAGGCUGCUGGCUUUGUUGAUGUGGUCACUAAGAUGAUCAAGGUUCCAGUUGGUCCCUGGCCAAAGGACAAAAAGCAGAAGAUCAUUGGGAUGUACAUGCAAUCUCAAGUGAAUCAGGCUGUAGGCUCUUUGCUUCCUGGGAUUCUGGGGAAAGGGUUGGGAUGGCCAAAUGAGGAAGUGGCUGUUAUGGCGGCAAGGCUGCGAAAUGAGAUUGCUGAUGCGUCUAUCCAUCAAUAUGCAAAAAUGUAUCUAAUUUAUGGUAAAAAGCCCUAGGCAUGGUUACUGAGCAAGAAUGAAGGAGCUUGGGCUUUCAGUUCCAU